GUGCGCCUGUGAUUGGAGGGAUGCUGCCGGUCGAAAUAAUGAACACGGUAGUGUCGGCAGAGGUGAUUGGCCGGGCCCUGCUGCAGUGAGAAUGCAGCCUGGAUGCUUGGGUCUUCGGCCUGGGUGAUGAUCAUUAGUUGAGGACAGCUGAAUAAUUGGGAGCUCGAAGUUGCUGCUGCUAUCGGAGAGGUCUGUUUGGCUAUUGCUUUUUCCUUUUUUUUUUUUUUUUUUAAGCCAAACAUUUGAUCAUCAUCCACCUGCAGAAGUGAGUUUUUAUUGAAAAAGCUGCAGCUGCUGUCUCCUUAUUGCCAGCUACCGGGCGAGGCUCAUAGAGGGAGCUGCUUCUCAGGCCAGGCACGACAGCAGUGCUAGCAAAUUUGAAAGAGCAGGCAACAGCCAUUGCAUGCAGAGUCUCCAGCCUUAGAACACCCCAGGCUAGCCUUCCAAACGCUGGGUAGCCAUAGACCCUUGGUGUUGUGGUCACGUCCCUCCUCCAAAGUGAACAGUCACCACCGGCGGCGUUUGGAGGGAGCCGUGAUGUUGCAGAUGCUGUGGCAUUUUCUGUCUAGCUUUUUCCCUAGGGCUGGGUGCCAUGGCUCCAGAGAGGGGACAGAUAAUGAAGUCAGAGGCACCCAAGCUCCUGCUCAGGGAGACCAGGUGUCGAGCUUUUUGGGGAAACAAAAUGGAAGGGCUGAGGCCACGGACAAGAGAUCCACCAUUUUGCUGGUGGUCGGACCUGCAGAGCAGUUUCCUAAGAAAAUUGUACAAGCUGGAGAUAAGGACCUUGAUGGGCAGCUAGACUUUGAAGAGUUUGUCCAUUAUCUCCAAGAUCACGAGAAGAAACUGCGGCUGGUGUUUAAGAGUUUGGACAAAAAGAACGAUGGACGCAUCGACGCUCAGGAGAUCAUGCAGUCCCUACGGGACCUGGGUGUCAAGAUAUCUGAGCAGCAGGCAGAAAAAAUUCUCAAGAGCAUGGAUAAAAACGGCACAAUGACCAUCGACUGGAAUGAGUGGAGAGACUACCACCUUCUGCACCCCGUUGAAAACAUCCCCGAGAUCAUCCUGUACUGGAAGCAUUCCACGAUCUUUGAUGUGGGUGAGAACCUGACAGUCCCUGAUGAGUUCACAGUGGAGGAAAGGCAGACGGGCAUGUGGUGGAGACACCUCGUGGCAGGAGGCGGGGCAGGGGCUGUAUCCAGAACGUGCACGGCUCCCCUGGACAGACUCAAGGUGCUCAUGCAGGUCCAUGCCUCCCGCAGCAACAACAUGUGCAUCAUUGGUGGAUUCACCCAGAUGAUUCGAGAGGGAGGGGCCAGAUCGCUCUGGCGGGGCAAUGGCAUCAACGUCCUCAAAAUUGCCCCUGAGUCGGCCAUCAAAUUCAUGGCAUAUGAGCAGAUCAAGCGCCUUGUCGGUAGUGACCAGGAGACUUUGAGGAUUCACGAGAGGCUUGUGGCAGGGUCCUUGGCAGGUGCCAUUGCCCAGAGCAGCAUCUACCCCAUGGAGGUUCUGAAGACCCGGAUGGCCCUGCGAAAGACAGGCCAGUACUCGGGCAUGCUGGACUGUGCCAGGAAGAUCCUGGCCAAGGAGGGGAUAGCCGCCUUCUACAAAGGCUACGUCCCCAACAUGCUAGGGAUCAUCCCCUACGCCGGGAUAGACCUAGCUGUCUAUGAGACGCUCAAGAAUGCCUGGCUGCAGCGCUAUGCUGUAAACAGCGCAGACCCCGGUGUGUUUGUGCUCCUGGCCUGUGGCACCAUGUCUAGCACCUGUGGACAGCUGGCAAGUUACCCACUGGCCCUGGUCAGGACCCGGAUGCAGGCGCAAGCUUCCAUUGAGGGCGCGCCAGCGGUGACCAUGAGUAGCCUCUUCAAACAGAUCCUGCGGACCGAGGGGGCCUUUGGCCUGUACCGAGGGCUGGCCCCCAACUUCAUGAAGGUGAUCCCCGCCGUGAGCAUCAGCUACGUGGUAUACGAGAACCUGAAGAUCACCCUGGGUGUGCAGUCACGGUGACGGGACGGAGGGCGGCCCUCCCGGCAGACUCGCUGAUCCUGGGCCUGCAGCCCCAGGACGUGUAGCCAUCUCAUUCUGUGAAUGUGCCAACACUAAGCUGACCGAAGCCAAGCUGUGAAACCCUGGGAUGUGCCCGCAGGGAGGGAGAGCUGGCAUGCCCACCGGGCUUGCCCUGCUGACCCCGGCCGAUCCUCACAUCGAUUCCAGGGGAGACCCGUGGGUAUUCCUCAGGGUCCAGGGGUCAGCAGGAUCCAGGCUCUUACGCACAGAGACGGGGACGUUUCCUUCCGUGCCUGCCAAAUAGCAGAGCUCGGAGAUGGCUUAGUUCUUCCACGUUGCCCCGGCAGCCAGACCAUCAGCGCAAGCCUUUGCCCUCCGGCCUGCUGAGCGCGUUCCCCUUACCCAUGUGCUUCCUUCCUCUCUGCUGUUUUAGUGUGGUAGGAGGAGGGCUACCUGCCCGCUCCCACCCUCUCCUUGUCUCUCUCCCACAAUCCUGUGGUGAAAGGGAUUUCACUUGACUUCACAAACCUUACUUCCCCAGCCUCAGUGUUCAUGCUGACAUGGUCAUGCAGGGAAGCGGGGGGAAGAGUCUAGCUUUUUUGCUCACCCUCAUCUGAGCUCACAGCAGACAGGCCCCGGAUGUCACGUGCAUGCAGGGGUGGCCAGGCCAAGUCCCGCCUGUUUGCUGCCUGCCAUCAUGGUGCAUGGCUUCCUGCAAGGCUGGUGCCGGCGCCUGGAACCCAGAGGCUCUGCUCCCUGCUUGGGGUCUCAUGGCGCUCUGAGCUGGCCCCAGUCUCUGUCAGAACUGGUACCAGCUCAGAAGCAAACUCACUGUCCCUGCUCUGUGGCAUGAGGACAAUGGGGGACAGUGUUUCAGGGGAAAGGCAUAUCUGCCCCACAUCUUCAUCCCCUGGUGAGAGAAAGAGAAGGUGUUAAAGGCCUUAAUUAUGUAUUGUUGGGAAAAGGGUUUUGUUCAGAAAGACAAGCUGGACAAAUGUGCGAGUUUUUUGCUUCCAGAGAGAAGACAAAGGGAGUAGACAGAGUUCUGCUAAUGCAUUAAAGUCUGUUUCUGAUGCCCCAGGGGAUUUAUGUCCAAUCCCAACUCGGGCAAAGUGGGACCAACCUCACAUUCCACUGACGCAACGUGUCACACUGCUUGGAGCCUAUUUAUUUUGUAUUUAUUUGAACAGAGUUAUGUCCUAACUAUUUUUAUAGAUGUGUUUAAUUAAUAGCCUGUCAUUCUCCGUUUCUUUUUGUAUUCAUAUUUAUGUUCAUGGUUGAUUGUACUUUCUCGACACCAUGUGGUGGGGGUUGGGAGAGGAAAGGAUGGAUGGGCCUGGGAGAUACCCUGCCCGCUGCCCGUGGUUAUGUCACGUCUGUCCAAAGAAAUCCAAGAAAUUCCUCUUGAAGUGGAGGUGGAGAAGAAAGGACAGAAGGGCGGAGAGGCUUGUCCUUUGGCAGUCAGAGCUGGGCCUGCACUGCUCGGGAGCUUCCUGUUACGUGUGUCCCGGAAGGAAUGAGUGCAGGAAACCUUAGAAUCUGAGGGCCUGAAAAAGCGUGUUUGAUUGGGGCUGGGAAGAUUGGGAGAAAUCCUGAGGACCUUGAAGAUGGAAGUCCAAAUCAUUUCCUGGACUGAGAGGAUUUUGUUAUUUCACCCGUUUUGAAUCAAAAAGCAAUGAGGUGCCUCUCACUGUGGGUUUGUUGUGAAUGGGUAGGUGCUAGAAGGGAGGGUGACCGGCCCCCCACCUCCUUUGAUACAGUGGGCUCACUCCCUCCCAGCCCUCUGCUGCCCCGCUUGAUAUGCUGGUCAGCUUGCAACUGCACAGUUGCCCUCCAUUCCACCAGAAUGGCCUAAUGAGGAAAAUUUAAAUAGGAUGCAAAGAUCAAUGCAAAAAUCGUUAUACAUAAAUAUAUAUAGUUAUAACUGGAAUUUGUCAAAGAGCAAAUUAAGAAAGAAUUGGAAGUUGUCAUUUAAAACAGCCUUCUAAUAA